AUGGCAGGAGGGAGACCUCAGCUGAAGAGGAGUUUCUCCAUCAUUCCCUGCUUUGUCUUCGUGGAGGGGUUCUUCUGCUAUGACAGUACCUAUGCGAAGCCUUACCCGGGGCCUGAGGCUGCCAGCCGAGUGCCUCCUGCUCUCAUCUAUGCCCUAGUCACUGCUGGGCCCACCCUCACGAUCCUGCUGGGGGAGCUGGCGCGUGCCUUUUUCCCCGCGCCACCCUCCGCCGUCCCCAUCAUCGGGGAGAGCACCAUCGUGUCAGGGGCCUGCUGCCGCUUCAGUCCCCCACUGCGGAGGCUGGUCCGCUUCCUGGGGGUCUACUCUUUCGGCCUCUUCACCACAACCAUCUUCGCCAACGCUGGGCAGGUGGUGACCGGAAACCCCACACCGCACUUCCUGUCCGUGUGUCGCCCCAACUACACGGCCCUGGGCUGCCCACCGCCUUCGCCCGACAGGCCGGGGCCCGACCGCUUCGUCACCGACCAGGGUGCCUGUGCCGGCAGCCCCAGCCUGGUGGCCGCUGCGCGCCGUGCCUUCCCCUGCAAGGAUGCUGCCCUUUGCGCCUACGCGGUCACCUACACAGCGAUGUACGUGACGCUUGUGUUCCGAGUGAAGGGCUCCCGCCUGGUCAAACCCUCGCUCUGCCUGGCCCUGCUGUGCCCCGCCUUCCUGGUGGGCGUGGUCCGCGUGGCCGAGUACCGCAACCACUGGUCUGACGUGCUGGCCGGCUUCCUGACAGGCGCUGCCAUCGCAACCUUUCUGGUCACCUGCGUUGUACACAACUUCCAGAGCCGGCGGCCCUCUGGCCGAAGGUUCUCCCCCUGGGAAGACCUGGGCCAAGCCCCCACCAUGGACAGCCCCCUCGAAAAGUUAAGUGUGGCCCAGGAACCCGAGGCCUGCAGGCCGCAUUCGACACCGGCACGGCUCACCCCAUCCAAGUCGCAGAACUGUGCCCGCCGUGGCCACCUGAUCCCCAGCUGCGUGUCCUCCAGGGCUCCAGCCAUGUGUUCGUCGCCCCGUGUGCCCCGCCCUCGAUUGAGGUCUGAGCCGACGCCCCUGCCUCUGCCCCUGCCCCUGCCAGCACCAACCCCCAGCCAGGGCCCCUCACCCUCCUCCCCUGGGCCUGGGGGGCCGGGUGGGGGUGGUGGACGUGGUCGGAAGCUGCUUCUGCCCACACCCCUGCUUCGGGACCUGUACACCCUUAGUGGACUCUAUCCCUCCCCCUUCCACCGGGACAACUUCAGCCCUUACCUGUUUGCCAGCCGUGACCACCUGUUGUGA